AUGGCCGGCAAGAACAAGGGCAAAGAAGGAGGCGAGUCCAAAGGCAAAGGGAAAGGAAAGGCAGAUUCUGGGGAAGGGAGCAGCAAGAGCGGGGGGAAGCUAAAGGCAGCAAAUUCGAUCAACGUCCGGCAUAUUCUCUGCGAGAAACAUUCCAAAGCACUCGAAGCUAUUGAAAAACUAAAUGAAGGCAGCAAAUUUGACGCUGUCGCUCGUGAGUACAGCGAAGACAAGGCACGACAGGGCGGAAGUUUAGGGUGGAAGGUUCGAGGGUCACUCGUUCAAGAAUUUGAGGUUGCAGCGUAUGCUCUCGAGCCCUCCACUUGCGAUAAACCUGUAUGGGCCGGACCUGUUAAGUCCGCACAUGGCUACCACAUAAUCAUGGUGGAAGGCAGGAAGUGA